UGAAAUAAUGGAUCUACUGUGAAACAAACAUUUCACGCUGCCUAAGCAGCUUCACGGACUUGCCCUUUAUUCUUUAAAAUGACAAUUUUGAUAAUACUGGAUUGCGCAACCUGUCCCUUUUCCAUCUGCUCACAUCUUGUAGCAAACGGGGCCCAUAAGCGGGAGUAGCCAUCCUUGGCAAGUGGGCAGAGAUUUGAGGUCAUGCCCCACCUGCAGGCAGGAAACUUUCCCCGCUUUCCCAGUCGGCAGCAUGCGCUCCUUCGUGUUCCUCAUCUCCUUCGGGAUCGCAGCAGUGCUUUCCCAUCCGACGGUCUACGCCAAAAAUGACCAGGACCGCCUUUCCCCAGUACUGCUUCCAAUAUCUUCGACAGUAAUUCCACUUCCCAUAUAUAAAGUCAGUUAUUCCCUCGGAGGAAGUUCUGACGACGGGGCUGAAUUCAAACCUGGCAACACAAAGCUGAUCACAGCUAAAACACAAAAAGUGAAUAAGGGAAAAGUGAAAGCGAUCAGCAGGGAAAAAUUCGAAAAAGGCAUUUAAUCUUGUUCAGUUAAAAUGAAUAGUUGUACUAAAACUUUGUAUUAACAAUUAAUUUUUUUUAUAUUUAAUUUUGUUACCACUGUUGUUAACUAAUAAAAAAAAGACCAAUUA